UACGUUGAUGUUGAUGGGUUUCCAUUUUUUAACUCAAUGCCCCACUGACCUACUGUAAUUUAGAUAGGAGCUGUAAGCCGAUUGUGAAACAAUGUCUUCUGUAAAGUUUCCAUACAAGAUUGAACUGCACGUGCAUUUAGAUGGAGCAAUUCGUACAGAAACAAUUUUAGAGAUAGCAAAGCGACGAAAAAUAAAAUUGAAAUGGGAGACACUUGAGGAAUUAAAGUCUCAUUUGGUUGUUCUUGAACGUCCGUAUACAUUGGAGGCAUUCCUAGAGAAAUUUCACACAUUCAUGCCUGUGGUCGCAGGCGACAGAGAGGCUAUAUACAAAAUUGCCUAUGAUUUCUGCGAGGACUGUAGGUCUCACAAUACAUUCUAUGUAGAGGCCCGCUAUUCGCCUCAAUUGCUGGCCAACAAAAUGACAAAUGGCGACAAACCACCAUACGCCGAAACAGAAGGGGAUAUAACUCCAAGAGAAGUUGUAAACAUCAUUUGUGACGCAUUUGAAAAAGGAUCAAAAGAUUUUGGGAUAAAAGUAAAAACGAUUCUCUGUUGCGUUGAAUAUAACCCAGAAUGGUCAAUGGAAGUGUUCGAGUUGUGUAAGGAGUUCAAAUCACGUGGUGUUGUUGCCAUUGACAUCGCCUGUGGGGAUUUGGCGCCUGGAGUUGAACACGAAGAAUUGCAUACAAGCGCCUUCAAGCUUGCUCGAGAGCAUGGUAUACACAGGACAGUCCAUGCAGGAGAGAACGGACCCGUGGAGGGCGUAAAACUGGCACUGGACGAGAUGCACGCGGAGAGAAUUGGCCAUGGCUACCGAGUCGUUGACGAUCCGGAGUUGUACGAACGCUGUCGGAGAGAGAAUGUUCACUUUGAGGUGUGCCCCCUGUCUAGUGUCAGAACUGGCUCUGUCACCGAGGAUCUGGACAAACACCCCCUCCACAAGUUUAUCGACGAUGAUGUGAACUUUUCGAUUAGUUCGGAUGACCCCAUCGUCCUUGACAAUGACCUCACUCAGGAUUAUGAGAUGGUUAUGAAAAUGGGACUGGACCAGGAUCACGUGAUCGCUACGAUAUUUCACGCUGCGCGGUCCUGUUUUGCGUCACCGGAAGAGAAGGAACAAAUUCUGAAGGAUCUGGUCCAAGUAUACGGAGACAAGUUUAUGAAGAUGUGAAACCGGAAGUAAAGAAAGACGAAAUCUUUGUUUAGUACAGAAUUUCCAUUAAGCUGAAGUCAAUCUGAUAUACUUGUAACUUUUUAUUGCAAAGUCAAACAUAUGUACUUGAAUUUUCGAUCUGGAUUUGAAAUUGAUAACCUAAUGACUCUAUUUUCCUUUUUUUUGUUUGACAAGAUAUAUGUAGACAAAAUCUGUCUAUUGAAGAUGAUUUUAUUUCUUUUCAUAUAAAACUGCACUUAAUGAAAAGAAAAGUUCAUCGAUGUUCAGUUCACUUGAUUCGUUGUUUUCCAAGGUUCUUGAAUCAUAUUGAAUAAAAACUACAUAAAAGAUGC